CACAGCUUCCACUCUUCUCUGAGCACAGGCUCGAACACUGAGGGCUCUGUAUGGGGCAGUGGUGGAGUGUGCUGGCAGCGUGAGGGGAAUCACACACACAGACACACAUAAGCAGGCACACAAAAAUACACACGCGCAGGUAUGCACGCACGCAGGCACACAUACAAACACGCAGGUAUGCACACACACACACGCUCCAGUCCCCACACACGAACGGCAUACUCCAUGGUAUUACCAGGGGAUUCAACAGGCCACUAGAAAAACUGAUUAGUGAAUAAUACUCGUAUUACUAAUAACUGGACCAACUGUUUGUAGCACACAUUAAGCUAACUGUUUUAUAGAAGCAAUAAAGCACUCAAACAUGAUAUAUCGUGAAAAACAGGGUUAAGCGGUUCACUUAAUGUCUAAAAGUCAACCAUAGCCCUGAAUCAUACUCGACAUGCAACUUUCAAACACAGCUUAUCAAACUUUCAACAUUCAAACUCUGCUUAUCAAAGCUUUGCCCUUGAGGUCUUGUCAAGGAGCUAAGGACUCUAUACCUACUGCAUGCCACAUCCCUGCAUACCACAAGUCAACUGAGUCGGGUGUAGUGACAAUACAAUAUGGGAUAACAUUUCCAUGCCUCUUCUGAUAACAUGCCACAAGUGAAGAUAUCAACAUAUUAGACAGAUCUAUGGAAGGGUGGAAUGUUAUACAAUGACAAACUGUUAUGAGAUAAUGUUUUCCUUGCCUCAAAUUUUACUUUGCCUUCAGCAAUUAAGAAGGCAUAGAUGGAAACCAAGCACGCAAAGCAUCUCCAUGAUUAAACUCUCGCUUCCUUUUUCUCUAAUUCCCUCUCUCUCUCUCUCUCUCUCUCUCUCUCUCUCUCUCUCUCUCUCUCUCUCUCUCUCUCUCUCUCUCUCUCUCUCUCUCUCUCUCUCUCUCUCUUGCCGUCUUUCUCAUUUUUUGCAUAUCUGUUCAUGUUUAAUGUUUUAUACAGUUACAAACCCUAACCCAACAUCUCUCUCGCCCUCUCUCAGGAUUCGUCCUCAGCUGGCGAGGGAGAAGAUCGAGGGAUGUCACAUCUGUACGUUCUGUAUGCCCGCCGAGCCCCAGGUGAUGCUGGGUAAAGACAAGGCGUUCACGUACGACUACGUGUUUGACAUGGACUCCCAGCAGGACAGCAUCUACACACACUGCACUGAGAAACUCAUCGAGGGAUGCUUCGAGGGAUACAACGCUACCAUCUUCGCCUAUGGACAGGUCAGAUAUUUGCAUGACACACACACACAUGCACACACACACAGAUGCGUACAUGCACAAAUGCAUGCAUAUACACACGUGCACACACACACACAUUUACAAACACACACACACAUACCAUAUUUGCCUACAGACACAAUGCGGUGCAAUGCUGGUCACACCCAUGGAAAGGGCUUGGCUCUGCCACACACAGGAAUCCACCACGUGCCCUGUGGUCUCUGGUCCCUUGCUGGAUGAAUUCAAAAACAGUGUUGUUACUGUAAGCAAGCAGAACAUGUUAUCACACCUUGUUUCCAAUACCAAACUCACACUGGCUAUUACAACAUCAUUUAUCAAACCCCUAUCUGUGACUCAGUGAGGGAUAUACUGUAACUCUGCUAAACUCACAUUGACUGUAACAACGUCAUUUAUCAAACCUUAUAUCUGUGUCUCAGUGAGUGAUAUGGCACUGCUAGAAACUGUUCUCAGUUAGGCUCCACGUCUUCAAAUGAAGAGAGAAGCAAAUAGGCCAUGAAAACUCAGUCAACUCAGCAACAGCAGGCAUGUUCUAACAUGACCAACCUCAGGGUUUUUAUUGGCUUGAUAGAUUAGCACAUGUGACUGACUUUCUACAGUACAUGUUCAUAUCUAUCUAUCAGUGUCACGCUCUGACUCUGAGGACUUGUAUUUGUUGAGUCAGGGUGUGUAUUUUCUGUGUUGUGUUUGCUAGGUUGUUUUUCUAUGUUUUAGAUCUAGAUGUGUAGAUCUAUGUUGGCCGGGGUGGUUUCCCAAUCAGAGGCAGCUGUAGCUCGUUGUCUCUGAUUGGGGACCAUAUUUAGGCAGCCUUUUGACACCUGUUAGUUGUGGGAUCUUGUUCCGUGUGAGGUAUGUUAUUUGUCUACCUUGGACUUCACGUUUCGUUUGUUGUUUUGUCGUGUGUUCAGUACAUAAAUAAAUAUGAAUGCAUAUCACACUGCGCCUUGGUCCUUCUCGUUCAUGAACGAUCGUGACAGAAGAUCCCACCAAUCCUGGAUCAAGCAGCGUGACGAGGAGAGAGGAUGGACUUGGGAGGAGAUGAGCGAGAGUCUGGCAAGAGGGAUGGAGGCCAUGAUCACGGGGGAGAGACAAGCCCAAAAAAUGUUUAGGGGGGGGCUCACGCCGUGGACGACGAGGCAGCAGGAGGCCGCGAUAGAGCGGUUCAGCCGUUUAGCAGAGGAGGCCGCCAGAUUAAGGGGGUCAUUGGUUCAGAGGGAGCAGAAGGAAAGUGUAGAGGCACGGCGAGAGGAGCUGGUUAGGCAGCAGAAGGACCAAACGAGUGGUGCGUGUCGUCAGUCCGGCCCGAUCCUGAUUCCCGCACUAAGCCAGUGGUGGGUGUUCCCAGUAUGGUUCGGCCCGUUCCUGCUCCUUGCAUCAAGCCAGUGGUGCGCAUCGCCAGCCUGGUCCGGCCCGUUCCUGCUCCCCGCACCAAGCCAGUGGUGCGCGUCGUCAGCCCAGUCCGGCCCGUUCCUGCUCCCCGCACCAGGCCAGUGGUGCGCGUCGCCAGUCCGGUACGGCCCGUUCCUGCUCCCCGCACCAAGCCAGUGGUGCAUGUGUCCAGUCCGCCACGGCCCGUGGCUGUUCCACCGGUGCCUGAUCCAGUUCCAGUCCGCGGCUCCACCCCGGAGCCAGAGCAGUUCGAUCCACCGUCGUCGGGUCCAGCUCCAGUCAGCGGUUCCAGUCCAGACCCAGACGUCAGCCCCUCUCCAGGUUCGGGGUCUCCCACACCAGGGUCCAGACAGGGCUUGGUACUUCGUGGGAGGAAGGAGAGGGGAAGCAGCGCGCCGAGGUCCAGACCAGACCAGGGGCGCAACGGGGAGGUGGAGAGUAAGUGGUGGUCACACCCGGAGCCGGAUCCGCCUCCGAGGCGGAAUGGCCACCCGGCCCCUACCCUGUUAUGUUUAUGUGGCGCAGUCGGAGUCCGCACCUUUGGGGGGGAGGUACUGUCACGCCCAGACUCUGAGGACUUGUAUUUGUUGAGUCAGGGUGUGUAUUUUCUGUGUUGUGUUUGCUAGGUUGUUUUUCUAUGUUUUAGAUCUAGAUGUGUAGAUCUAUGUUGGCCUGUGUGGUUCCCAAUCAGAGGCAGCUGUAGCUCAUUGUCUCUGAUUGGGGACCAUAUUUAGGCAGCCUUUUGACAACUGUUAGUUGUGGGAUCUUGUUCCGUGUGAGGUAUGUUAUUUGUCUACCUUGGACUUCACGUUUCGUUUGUUGUUUUGUCGUGUGUUCAGUACGUAAAUAAAUAUGAAUGCAUAUCACGCUGUGCCUUGGUCCUUCUCGUUCAUGAACGAUCGUGACAAUCAGGCUCUCUUUCACUAUAUCUCUCUCUCUCUUUCUCCCUGCUCUCUCUCUGCCUGUCUGUCUCGCUCUCACUCUCUCAAACUCUUUCACUUUAUCUCCUUCUCUCUCGCUCUCUAUCUCUCUGUCUCUCUCUCUCGUAUUUUUAGCGUUUCCCUCUGUCACAACCUCUUCCUCUGAACUGAAGCUCUAUAGUGGAGGUCUGCCAAACUCGCCUUUCACUCCUCUCCUCCUCCUCUUAAUCUCUCUGUCCAUUCUCCUCUGCCCGCUACAUUCUUCUCAGCCCUAUUGUUUCCCUGUCAGACUCUCAUUCAGGGGGUACAGCGGGUUGCGGACGCACACACACAUGCACACUCACACACAACAAUUUAUAUGUACGCAUGCAUGCACACACACUCACAUGACAUCUACACAAAUAUACACAAAAAUGCACGGGCACACACACACACACUACUGACAGAGUAUCUUUCAGGUGACGUGUGAAUUAGCGUCGCAUUCUUUUGGUAGUCACCAUGACAACCAAGCCCCUAACCCCAAUGUGUGUGCACUGUGCACUGUGCAGUAGUAGCUACAUAUAUUAGGACUAGGCUUUAGUCCAGAAGAAGGUUUUUCUUCUAUUCUGAACAUUGGGGUUUUGUACUGUUUUUCUAUUUGAUUAAGAAAAGCUCAACUGAUCCCCGCUCCCCGUUUAUAACUUGCUGUAUUCAUGAAAUAGCAGCAUAGGCCCACUGACUGUCUGAAUACGUUUGAAGUAAGAUAAAUUAGUAAAUAAAUGAAACAAUAUCAUUGGUUAUUUAUCCUAUCAUAUCCUCCCCCUUCUUCUCCCUCUCCCCCAGACUGGUUCGGGGAAGACUUACACCAUGGGUACAGGGUUUGACGUGAACAUCAGUGACGAGGAGUUGGGCAUCAUUCCCCGGGCAGUCAAGCACCUCUUCAGGGGCAUUGAGGAACGACGGCAGGCCGCCACAGAGCAGGGCAAGCCUGUACCCGAGUUCAAGAUCAACGCACAGUUCCUGGAGGUAUGUGUGAUGGAAAGGGCAAAACUUAGUAUGUGCUUUUGUAGCUGAGGUGAUUUGGUUAAGACGUUGGGUUGAUGAGCGGGAGACCCGUAUUCAAUCCCCACUGGUUACACUUUUGAACCAGAAAUACAAUCUCUCUCUGUAGUCUCACAUUCGCUCUGCAACAUGAGGAAGCUUGGAGAUGUAGGUUUCUAAAUCUCUGAAAAGAAGCCACAUUGGCCCUGGAAGGCAAGGUGGAGCCUUCAUUAUUGCUUACUUAAACCUAUCCGAUUCCCUUCCCUCAGAGCUGCUAACACAAGAGAGGUAUUAGGGGAAAGGGUUCUGGCUAGGGGUUGCAGCAGCUGUGUGUAGCAGCCUGGAGCAGAGGGAAGUAUACUGUACUUCUGUCUGCUCAUGGGAUGUGUUCAGCUAACUUAAUGGGAUGUGUUUAGCUAACUUAAUGGGAUGUGUUCAGCUAACUUAAUGGGAUGUGUUCAGCUAACUUAACUCUACAGGCAGAUGAUUUAUCACCAUAGAGUAAUUAAUAGGUAAUUACGUGUCUCACUCAAAUCUGAUAUCGCUUGCUGAUAUAUGUCUCUAACAACUAAUAAAGCAGUAUACCUGCCAUGACCAAAAUUACAUAGCUACUGAUGUUUUCCAUGCAUAGUUAUUUUGCUUUGGGGUAUUGGCUCAUCGGCUUGUUUUCUCAUUUUAAAAAGUAUCUAUUUUUUCCCCCUAUCCCAGCUGUACAAUGAGGAGGUGUUGGAUCUGUUUGAAUCAACGCGGGACAUGGAUGGGAAGAGACAGAAGUCCACCAUCAAGAUUCAUGAGGACUCUAACGGAGGCAUCUACACUGUGGGAGUCACCACACGCAUGGUCACCUCCGAGGCAGAGGUUAGUCUCAAUCACAGUCUAAAGCAGAAUAACAUCAAUCUGUACCUAUGGUCAUUGGUUAAAUAUAUGUUAUUGCUGUGAGCCUAAAUAUGUCUUUAUAUGUGUUUUUCUGAAAUUGUCCAACAGGAUUUCUCUCUUGAAUACACUGUACUAACUCUAAACUCUCCUAACCUUUUCCUGUCCCUGGCCCCUCCCUCCCUCCCUCCCUCCCUCCCUCCCUCCCUCCCUCCCUCUCCCUGUACAGAUGAUGCAGUGUCUGAAGCUGGGUGCUCUGUCCCGUACCACGGCCAGCACCCAGAUGAACGUCCAGAGCUCGCGCUCCCAUGCCAUCUUCACCAUCCACCUGUGCCAAGUCAGAGUCUGCACUCCGGACGACAGCGUACGUGGCAUCGCACCACUGGGCUGGAGCUCUCUAGAGCCAAGCCUAAGAUAGGAUACGCUUUUCACAGUCUAUUUUACUGGCUGUACUAUUUUCACUUAGCUGUUUUCUCUGUCAUUCUUUAGAAAUUACAUGAUAAAAAGGUUAUUAGGCUGCAUAAUCAUUACCAUUUUAUUUGGGGGUUGUUGUAACAAACAACCACUUGUUUGUUGUCAAUUGUGAAAAUACACAUUAAUAACAUGUCAUUUCCUAGUAUUUAUGAGAUAAACCGUAAACACCCCAGCUGAUUAACAAGAGGACUGUGAAAUGCAGUGUUCCCCAAUCCUCCCACACAGUUCCCCAGCCAGCGACACAGUUCCCCACACAGCAUAUCUCCCCACAUAGCUCCCAAUGGACACACACACCAGCUGGGCAUGAUGUCACCCUCCUCUCCCUGCCCGCUGAUUACAUGGACAAUAUACAGGCUGUUACGGAUACAGAUAGGCCUAUGCACUGGUGUUGUUAUUGAGAGUUAUAAUGGAAGACGAAAACCACCAGUUAUAUUUCUCUCAUAGGCCUAAACAAUGCUACAGCCGAAAUGUCGAUACAUAUGUCCAAGACAUGGAAUUACAAACACAAUCACCAUGCGUAUUUGCCCCACAGUGUCUUAUUUGUUUUUAUACACAAUACCCAUCUCCUCCUUCAGGAGUCCAAUGAGACAGACAACCGCCUGGCCAACAGUUCCUCUGAGAUGAACUCUGAGUUUGAGACGCUGACGGCUAAGUUUCACUUUGUGGACCUGGCUGGGUCGGAGAGACUAAAGAGGACAGGCGCUACCGGGGACAGAGCCAAGGAAGGCAUCUCCAUCAACUGUGGACUGGUGAGACUCUCACUGUAAAAUAAUGCAUGCUAUAAUUAGUAAGAUGCUGUACACACAGUGCCUGGUUUGGGUCAAUUUAUGACAAGUUGACUGACUUGAAAUGGAAUUGACCCAAACCAUUCCCGAUGCUAGAACAGUGCAUGUAAAGGUCAUAGAUUACUCAGCUCUAGGAGGUUUUAGAGCGUCAGGACAGUGAUGAUGACAUGUCCUCUUCUUGGAUGACUGACAUGAGCUGUUUCAAUGAUACACCUGUUGUGUAGAGCUGGGAAACUAUGGGGAAAUGAGCCUCCUGGUGGUUGAGAAAGAUAUUGCAGAUGUCCUACCAACACUGUCUUCCACCACCUCUUUGAUUGACAACUGAAUUUAAACAUCACAUUAAAGGAACGAUUUUAUGCUUUAUUUUGAUAGAAUAUAAAUGUUUAAGCCUCAUCUCAUCUUCAUGUCUCCUUGGUGUGGUUUUCCUCUCUCUCUCUCUCUGCAGCUUGCGCUGGGUAACGUGAUCAGUGCUCUGGGAGACAGGAGUAAGAGGUCCACCCACGUGCCUUACAGGGACUCGAAACUCACCCGGCUACUGCAGGACUCCCUGGGAGGAAACAGGUCUGUAUGUCCUCAUAAACCACAUAAAGACUCUGUAUGUAAUAGUGUUUCAAGGUGUAGAUAUAUUAGCAGUUUUAUUUUAUUUCUAGAAUAUCACUAGAACCUCUCCCUGAAGCUUUAUUCUGUGGAUGAAUUAAUUAUAUGUAAAUGUUUUAAAAGUAAUCUAUUAAAACUCGAAUUUAUUUAUGCUAGUGGGUGAAUUAAUGACCAUCUAUAUGAAAAAUUCUAUAUUGUUGAAUAAAUUAUGAUAAUUAAUUAGAUUUCUGUGCGGUUUUUCCAAGUAGUUUACAAAGUGAUUUACAUUGAUAUCAAUACAUUGCCUAUAUAGUUAUUCCGUUUCUAAUGUAGUCUUAUUUUUUCUGUGUGUCUGUCUACGGUCUGUGUCGGUCUUCCGUGCAUCUUUUAUCCAUCUUCUUUCUCUAUCCCCAGUCAAACGGUGAUGAUAGCGUGUAUCAGCCCGUCUGACCGGGACUUCAUGGAGACACUGAGCUGUCUGAACUACGCUAACAGAGCCAGGAACAUUAAGAACAAGGUGAUGGUGAACCAGGACAAAGCCUCCCAGCAGAUAUCAGCUCUCAGGACUGAUAUUGCCAGGCUACAGAUGGAACUGAUGGAGUACAAGACGGUAAGAGAAGGAAAGAGGGAUGGAGGGUGAGAGAGAGAGAGAUAUAUUUUAGAUAUCGUUAUAAAGGCCCUGUUUUCCAUGUCAGGUCAUAUGGUAAACUGUACCAUAAUAUGGACCCAUAUAACUUUUAAAACGUACUAACGGCUGCACAUGUAUCCUUUGAGGCUGUAUUUCUGGUAGCCUAGAAUCCAACUAAUUAUCGCUGAAACAAUAGUGAAACGGAGUGAUAUUCAGUGUGGAUUUCAGGCUAUAUUUCUCUAUGACCUACAGUCAUCUCUCUGGUCCUCUGGUCUGAGCAGGGCAAGCAUAUAGUAGGGGAGGUAUAACAGUGUAUAGUUGUAUUGGCCUAACUGAUCUACUAUAAUAACCAUAGUCCUCUGGUCUCUCUCUGGUCUCAGGGCAAGCGUAUGGUGGGGGAGGACGGCAUGGAGAGCAUCAACGAUAUGGUCCAUGAGAACAGCAUGCUACAGACAGAGAACAGUAACCUGAGGAUCAGGGUCAAGGCAAUGCAGGAGACCAUUGAUGCCCAGAGGGCCAGACUCACACAGUACCUCAGUGACCAGGCCAACCAGGUUCUGGCCAAAGUGGGUACGUACUGGGACAGGAAUAAUGGACCUUAUUCACACUGCACCAUGAUGCCUCAAAAUCCAGGCUAGUGAGAUAAGAAGUGCUCCAUUAAAGUCUAUGGAAAAAGGGGCUGAAAAUGCCCUCAUGUUCAAUUAUCUUUCAGGUGAGGGGAAUGAGGAGAUUGGAAAUAUGAUCCAGAACUACAUCAAAGAAAUCGAGGAGCUCAGGUAUGAUGCAUGACAUGUCUAUUACAUGUACAGUAUGAUGUGUCUGUAGAAAGGAAGGCAGGAGGAUUGUGACCUUUGGUUUUGGUGUUUGGAGACCCACAACAAUAUUAUAUUCUGACCGUUGGUUUUGUGUCUGCAGAGCCAAGCUCCUGGAGAGUGAGGCAGUGAAUGAGAACCUCCGUAAAACCCUGUCCCGUGCCAACACACGUUCCUCCCUGUACGGGGGUGGGGGCUCCGUCUCCGCAGCCCACCUCGCCCCCGAGAGAGAGGCUUCCGACAUCAUCGAGAUAGCCAAGAAAGAUCUGGAGAAACUCAAGAAGAAAGAGAGGAAGAAAAAGAAGAGGUAGGCGUUGUUUUUUUCCCUUCAUACUUUUGAUAUUGCACUCUUUGAUAUUGCACUCACUCCAGGUUUCUGUUUUGAUGUACAUUUCACAUACAUGCCAUGAAACCGAUUGCAUUAUGUUUGUUACAAUUUGUAACUAAGUGUCUAUGUCCAAACUUGUGGAUGAAACAAUACGAAGAAAACGAAGCAAUGGGUAUACUUUAAUGGUAGGCCUUGAGUCUGAUAGUGAUAUGCUUGGUGGUGUCUAAAGAUGGGGUGGGCAUGGUGGGGUGAGGGGGAGAGGUGGUACUGGGGAGGGGGGGAUUAGAGAGGGGUGUGGGGGGAUUACAGAGGCGAGGAGAAUUGGUUUCCUUUGUUGUCCCAGGGUGUUUUGGGUAAUUAGUUCUGGCACCCAGCCUUUCCCCUUCAGCAGCUACCUGUUCCCUCUCUAAUGUCUAUCUAAUACCUCAUACACGAUGAUGGGUUUAUAUAACAAGCCCAGUCAUGUUCAGGUGUACCUAUACUGUACAACUGGUCUCUCGCUUUCUCUGUGGUUUAAUACACAUUUGAUAAAAAUUUGAUAAACAACAUAGCACAUAAACGACUUGGUACACAUCAACAAGCAGAAUAAAAGACAACCAGUGCCAAAUCCUCUAAGGUUAACCUGUUCUUCUUUGCUACACUCUUUUCUGCUCUCUGGUUCACUCCCUUCCCCUGCCAACCUUACUCUCUCCAACUGUCUCCCCCAUUCUCCUCCCCCGCUCUGAAGACUGCAGCGGCUCGAGGAGAGUCACCAUGAGGUUGAGCUUGCCAGGUUUGCUAUGCCCCGCUCUCCCCCAUCUCUCUAACCCACUCUCCUCCCUCUCUCCCCCAUUUCUCUAACUCCCCUCUCCCCGCCUCUCUAACACAGCUUUUACACCUACAGGUAGUUGCCACACCUGGAGGAAAACCCAUUUGUAAUCUCUCACCCUUCUCCUUAACCCUCUCCCCGUUUCUGCAUUGUUGAGACCCUUAAACUAAAGGAAUUAACUAAAACAUUCAGCUUUUUUUUGCCAUGAUGCAACCACAUAAUGUCAAUCAAUCAUUCACUAACGUCUACUUCAAGGAUGAUUCUAACAACCAAAUGACUUGGGUUCUGAUUGAAUUGUGAUUCUAUCCUUAAAUGUAUUUUUACAGUAUGCAGAAAAAUCAAGAAUCAAGGUAGUGUGCUCAUGUGCUGUAUGGUAUGGUAGUGCUCCCUGGCUCCCUGAUAGUCUAGUGACCUGAUGUGGUUGGCCCAUCUUGCAUUUGCGGUCAAUGGCUACCUAAACCUCUGGUUCUGUCCUCACAGUGUGGUCAAGGAGGAAGUACCAGACAACGAACAGGAACGAGGCAACGACGAGGCUGAGGGGGUACGUCUAAGAAUGUCCUUAAUUGCCAUAUUUAUGUCAGUGUGUGUGUGUUCUUUGUACUCACAUUGUGUAAAUAUGUGUGAGCAGGAUGACCAUGUCAGUGACCAUGAGGAAGGCGAGGAGCUGGAGGGAGAGGACGAGGUGUAUGAGAUGGAGGGAGAGGAGAGCUCGGACGAGUCAGACUCUGAAGAACUGGAUGAGAAAGGUUAAACUCUCUCACACACACACACACAGACACAUCCAAAGGUGCUUUUACACUGUCAUACAGAAUGCCUUGCAACUUUGGUCCUGGAGGGCCGUGUGGAGUGUGUGCAGGGUUUCUUCCAACCCAGCUCUAACAACCCUUAUUCAUUCACCAUGAUUAGAUUAUUCUGUUCUUUUAAUAAAAUAAUGGUGAAUAUGUCAAUGUGUAACGUAGACGCAGGGAGUCAGGAAGCAGGUGCAGAUGUUGAGUUUAAUAAUAACGAACAUGAAGAGUUACAAAACAAGAGAAGCGUCUGGACAUGAAAACUGAACCACUACUGCCUGAAGAGUGAUGCUAGGGAAUGCUGGAGUAAUCAGGGUAGGGAUGGAGUCCAGGUGUGCCUCAUGAUGUGGCGCAGGUGUGCGUAAUGAGGGUUGCCAGGUGUGCGUAAUGAUGAGUUGCCAGGGCCGGUGGUUUGUCAACCGGCGAUGUCUCGUAUAGCUAGCUCUGUGUGUGUGUGUGUGUUCUCUGAACAGAGAACUUCCAGGCGGACCUGGCCAACAUCACUUGUGAGAUCGCCAUCAAGCAGAAGCUGAUAGACGAGCUGGAGAACAGCCAGCGCCGUCUGCACACGCUCAAACAGCAGUAUGAACAGAAACUCAUGAUGCUGCAGAGCAAGAUCAGAGACACACAGCUGGAGAGGGACAAGGUGCUGCACAACAUGGGUACGUAUACGAGAGAAAGCGACACGCACAGGAUAUGAUGUCAUGUACCAUGGUCACAACAUCGGUACAGCGGAGACGCACAGGAAUAUGGUGACAGAUUAACGAAGGGUUGCAUUUAUUUGUUUAGGUACUAUGUGCUAUGUCGGUAGAUCUCAGAGUGAGUAUAUUAUGGAGUUAUAUACCUAACUCUGUCUAACUAAUCCUAUCCACCACCAAUGACAUCAUACCUGUACAUAACAUUUUAAUGUAUUUGGUGAAAGUCUCUGUCAUUAUUUGUUAAUUAACACACCAUAAAGUACAUGUGCUUGUGUAAAUCACUUUGUGACUGUGACAACUGUUGCUUUAAAAAGGCUAACAUUUGAAUGACUGAUUUGAUUGAUAUUCCACUGUGCCUGUGCUGAGCUGUGUCAGUUGAACUGAACUGUGUUGUGUUGUUUCCACCGUGCCUGUGCUUAGCUGAGUUAGUUGUGUCUGCAGGCUCGGUGGAGACAUGUACGGAAGAGAAGGCUAAGAAGAUUAAGUUAGAAUACGAGAAGAAGCUGAGCUCUAUGAACAAGGAGAUGCAGAAGCUGCAGUCAGCCCAGAAGGAACACGCACGCCUUCUCAAGAACCAAUCACAGUACGAGAAACAGCUCAAGAAACUCAACCAGGAUGUGGCUGAGAUGAAAAAAACAAAGGUAAAGAAAAAAUGGUGAAUGGAAGGAUGGGUGGUUGGGUGGUAGGGUGGGUAGUUGGAGGGAUGGGUGGAUGGAUAUAUUGACUGAUUGAUUGAUUGACAUGUAAGUGGUGGGUGUUGUGCUAGGUGGGUCUGAUGCGUCAGAUGAAGGAGGUGCAGGAGAAGAACAGAGCGUCAGAGUGCCGACGCAACAGAGAGAUCGCUACUCUGAAGAAGGACCAGCGCAAACAGGAGGUAACGUUACAGACUGGAAAUAAUGUGUGUUGUGAAGUUGUGUGUUAGCCUGAGACAAAGUUCAAUUCAAUUGAAUUCUAUUGAUAUCAUGUGGCCUGUCACUUACAGCACCAACUGAGACAGCUGGAGGCUCAGAAGAGGCAGCAGGACCUGAUACUACGCAGGAAGAAUGAGGAGGUAAGAUACACUGGGUCAUGUUCAGUAUGGCAAACUGUAGCAAAACAAUGGAAAACAAAACAUCUUUGUCCUUUUUGGACACGCUCAGGUAGUAUCUCUGUUUCAAAACAUUUUCUCUCUAAUGAACAUGGCCCUGCUUACCUCCUUCGCAAGGUGACAGCUCUGAGGAGACAGGCGAGGCCCACCUCAGGGAAGGUGAACAGAAAGGUGAGCCUACCGGAACCCCUCCAGGACGCUUCACACCGCGGCAUCCCAGGCAGACCUCACUCUGCUGGGGCAGCAGCCCCCAAUGGCACCCCAAGGUACUACCAGCAGGACUGAUGGUGUGGGUGUGAGUGUGUGUGUGCGCGUGUGUGCGCGUGCGUGCGAGCGUUUGCCCGUGUGCAUAGGCAUGAUGUGUUUGUUAACCAAAUAGCUACCCGGACUAUCUGCCUUGAUACUCUUUGCACUAACUCGUUUGACUCAACACAUACGCUGCUGCAACUGUUUAUUAUCUAUCCUAUUGCCUAGUCACUCUAGUUAUAUGUACAGUACAUAUCUGCCUCAAUUACCUCGUACGCCUACACAUCGACUCUGUACUGGUACCCCGUGUACAGGGAUGGGCUAAAAUCUCAAAAUACAAUUACAAAAUACAGAUACAAAAUACCAUAAAGAUCAAUAUAUCAAAAUAAACUACAACAUACUUGUAUUUUGUAAUGUAUUUAAUAAAAUACAAGUAGCCGGCCCGAACAGCAACAACAUUCUCAGUAACGGUUACAAAAACGUUUUACUUUCUAUGACUGUGAUAUGUUGUUGUUUAUCUACCUUAGUUGAGCAAGUCACUCUGGAUAAGCAUGUCUGCUAAAUGACCAAAAUGUAAAUGUAUGUGUGAAAAUGAACAUACCAAAUUGAACCAAAGAGACUUCUGAUACCAAUGCAGGGUGAAAGGGGGCCCACAAAAUGUGAAUCACUAUAAAACAUUUAGAAAAGUAUCUGGUAUUUUGAAAAUACAAAUUACAGUAUUUUGAAAAUAAAAAAUACAUUGGAGUGUAGUUCUGCCCAGUGUAAUUAAAAUGACAAAAUACUCAGAAGUAAUUAAAAUACGUAUUUCAAAUAUAUGUAACAGAAAUACUGCCCAUCUCUGCCUGUGUAUAUAGCCAAGUUAUCGUAACUCAUUGUGUAUUUAUUCCUUGUGUUAUUAUUUUUUCUAUAUUUUCUCUCUGCAUUGUUGGGAGGGGCCCGUAAGUAAGUAUUUCACGGAUAGUCUACACCUGCUGUUUACAAAGCAUGUGGCAAAUACAAUUUGAUUUGGUUUUUGAUUUGAUUUGUGUACAGGAAAGGACUCCUACUCUAGCUAAAACAGGACAACAAUAUGUCCCUCACCUAGUCUUUGUUUUUCAGUAAUAUAUUGGUCCGUACUGUACACUGAUCUCUGUUGAAUUCCACUUAUCAGGAAGUACCCGGUGAGGAUGGGGAGUGUCUACACCACCAGGACAGCUCGGGCUAAAUGGCAGUCUUUGGAGAGACGCAUCACUGACAUCAUCAUGCAGAGGCUGACCAUCUCGAACAUGGAGGCUGAUAUGAACCGGCUCCUCAAGGUGAAAUAGACGUACUGUAGUUUUACUGUAUUACUACCAAGUCUACUGUAUUCCUAUCAGACUGACGCCAACGUAGUUCUCUGUCUGUGGAAAAAGGCAAAAACCGACAGGGGAGUAUAAAGAGACUCAUCAUUGUUGCCGUUUUGGCUACACUCUUAGAAUUAAGGGUGACUCAAGGAACCCUGGAGUUCCUCAAUAAAACAUUGCAGUAAAUGGGUUCAUAUUUGCACCAUUGGUUAGUUCAGGGGUUGUUGAAGGAACCUUUAAUGUUUCAAUUUAGCAAAGGUUCCUGGGGGAACCUUUUUGUCGGCACGUGCAGAUCACUUUGAAUUUAUUUUGCCAUCGGAUUUGUUGUGCUGCCAGACUCAGAAGAAGAUGAAAAUGUUGUUUUCGCCGAAGGCUUUAUGGGAUAGCUAGCAACUUGUAAACAAUUACCCAUUCCUAUAUGAGUACUAUUUUAAUACCAAUGUUGAAUAAUACAUUAUUGGCUGUCAAGCCAAUCAAAUUAUAUGACUGUAGCUACUGUUUUAAUUCCGAAAAGUUUAUUGUGAUGGUAAUGACGUUUGUUUAUGAUGAUAAUUAUUAGGUGUUGGCUUAGGUUGCUAGCUAGCUACAGUAUCUUCAACCUAACCAACACUCUUGGUUGUUUGGAUGACCCAACUGCUGGGUUGCAGGCAUUGGGUCACUAAGUUGGGUUGUUUUCUUUAAAAGGGCCAGGUUGAGUUGUUGUUGAUGCUGGGUUAUUGAUGCUGGGUUAUUAAGAUAUGACCCAGCGGGUCAGAUGAGAAGACUGCGGUACAUGGCUUAGAAAGGGUGGUCCUUUCAGAUAGUUCUAUUUGGCCACCCGUGGGAAGAAACAUAAUUCCUGUUCAUCUUUUCUGUUAUAUUGUCAUCACACGUUGGGCUCCCGAGUGGCACAGUGGUCUAAGGCACUGCAUCUCAGUGCUUGAGGUGUCACUACAGACCCCCUGGUUCGAUUCCAGGCUGUAUCACAACCGGCCGUGAUUGGGAGUCCCAUAGGGCGGCGCACAAUUGGCCCAGCGUCGUCCGGGUUUGGCCGGUGUAGGCCAUCAUUGUAAAUAAGAAUUUGUUCUUAACUGACUUGCCUAGUUAAAUAAAGAUAAAACACAUUAAGGUUGAAUACUGAUAAUUUUGUAUCCUCAAUGAAGCUUACAGACGUGUAUGAGUUCCUCAAGAGCCUUUAGACGGGUUGGUUGUGUGAUUGACGCGUACGCAACUAUGUGGCAAAACAGACAGGGUUGGCUUAGAUUGUUGACAACAUGUAAACUAUAUUUUGUCUCCAAUGUUUAUUGAAAACAUAAAUACAUUUGCACAAUUAGCACUUGUUGUCUCUCAAAUACAUAGUUACAGUUGUUGGUUAGCUAGCUAGGGAAUUUUAGUCAUAUUAGCAUAGACGUGACAUCAGUCAAAACACCUCAAAACAAGACAUCGUAUCAAGAUCAAGAUAAAACUAGCUGAAACGAGCCACCUACGAUUUCCCACAUGGCAGCUUCUUGUCAUUGUUGCUGGCUAUCUGGCCAUCCAGAAUCACAACAACACACCACCUUAUGCCCCAUUGAAGCGCGCAUCGUUUUUGUGACGUUGUAGCCCGUCUAUAUGCAAAUCCCAUUGUUGGAAUAGUUACUACUUUAUUACUAUAUAAAGAGGUCAUUGCAUUGGAUGACUGUCAUGGCUCUACAGUGCCUUCAGAAAGUAUUAACACCCCUUUACUAUUUCCACAAUUUUUAAAUGGAUUAAAUUGAGAUUUUGUAUCACUGAUCUAUACGCAGUACCCCGUAAUGUCAAAGUGGAAUUAUGUUUUUGAAAAUGUUUACAAAUUCAUUAAAAAUGAAAAGCUGAAAUGUCUUUGAGUCAAUAAGUAUUCAACCGUUUUGUUAUGGCAAGCCUAAAUAAGUUCAGGAGUAAAAAUCUGCUUAACAAGUCAAAUAAUUGUGUUUACCAUGAUUUUUAUAUGACUACCCCAUCUCUGUACUCCACACAUACAAUUAUUUGUAAGGUCCCUCAGUCGAGCAGUGAAUUUCAAACACAGAUUCAACCACAACGACCAGGGAGGUUUUCCAAUGCCUCGCAAAGAAGGGCACCUAUUGGUAGAUGGAUAAAAAUAGAAAAAGCAGACACUAAAUAUCAAUUUGAGCAUGGUGAAAUUAUUAAUUACGCUUUGGAUGGUGUAUCAAUACACCCAGUCACUACAAAGAUACAGGCGCCCUUCCUAACUCAGUUGCCGGAGAGGAGGGAAACUCCUCAGGGAUUUCACCAUGAGGCCAAUAGUGAUUUUAAAACAGUUACAGAGUUUAAUGGCUUUGAGAGGAGAUAACUUAGGAUGGAUCAACAACAUUGUAGUUACUCUACAAUACUAACAUAAAUGACAGUGAAAAGAAGGAAGCCUGUACGGAAUAAAAGUAUUCCAAAACAUGCAUCCUGUUUGCAAUAAGGCACUAAAGUAAUACUGCAAAAAAUGUGGCAAAGAAAUUAACUUUUUGAUCUGAAUACAAAGUGUUAUGUUUGGGGCAAAACCAACAAAGCACAUUACUGAGGACUACUUUUCAUAUUUUCAAGCAUGAUGGUGGCUGCAUCAUGUUAUGGGUAAGCUUGUCAUCGGCAAGUACUAGGGAGUUUCUUUGGAUAAAAGAAAUGAACUAGAGCUAAGCACAGACAAAAUCUUAGCGGAAAACUUGGUUCAAUCUGCUUUCCAACAGACACUGGGAGACAAAUUCACCUUUUAGAAGGACAAUUACAUAAAACUCAAGGCCAAAUAUACACUGGAGUUGCUUACCAAGAUGACGUUGAAUGAUCCUGAGUGGCCUAGUUACAGUUUUGACUUAAAUCGGCUUGAAAAUUAAUGGCAAGACUUGAAAAUGGCUGUCUAACAAUGAUCAACAACCAACUUGACAAAGCUUAAAUAUAAAAAAAAUAAUAAUAAUAGGCAGAAAUUGUAAAAUCCAGGUGUGCAAAGGUUUUAAAGACUUACCCAAAAAGACUCACAGCUGUAAUCGCUGCCAAAAGUGAUUCUAACAUGUAUUGACUCAGGGGGUUGAAUACUUAUCUAAUCAAGAUUUUUUAUUUUUUUUAUUUAUUUCACCUUUAUUUAACCAGGUAAACCAGUUGAGAACAAGUUCUCAUUUACAACUGCGACCUGGCCAAGAUAAAGCAAAGCAGUGCGAUAAAAACAACUGUAUAUUAGUGUUUUAUUUUCCAUUAAUACAAAAUAAAAAAAUUAUUUGUUCUUCCACUUUUAGUAUUUUGUCUAGAUCACUGACAAAAAAUGACAAUUAAAUCAAUUUGAAUCCCACUUUUUAACAUAACAAAAUGUGAAAAAAGUAAAGGCGUGUGAAUACUUUCUGAAGGCACUGUAUAUGUAAUCAGCAAUGUUAAUAUUAUAUUCAGAGGGAUCACUCCAGAUCCAAGGCGAAAUUCAACAUUUGUGCAGGCCCCCAGGACGUCAGGACACGGCAUCAAAAAAAGGGGAAAAAACACUGGGAUUGAACACGCUGUCUACAGAGCCAGAGGCUUAGACUACUCCGCCAUCUGUCUACAACGAUUUAGCAAUUCCAGUCGGAAUUAAUGCCUAAGGUUUGAACCCUAUCCCAAAACUUAAUACUUAACUUAACCAGUCGGAAUUAAUGGCUAAACUUAACCCUAGAGUUGGUUCUGUUUUAACCCUAUCCCAAACAUUAAUCCUUAAUUUAACCCUGUCGGGGGUUAAUGCCUAAACUUAACCCUAGAGUUGGUUCUGUUUUAACCCUAUCCCAAACAUUAAUCCUUAAUUUAACCCUGUCGGGGGUUAAUGCCUAAACUUAACCCUAGAGUUGGUUCUGUUUUAACCCUAUCCCAAACAUUAAUCCUUAAUUUAACCCUGUCGGGGGUUAAUGCCUAAACUUAACCCUAGAGUUGGUUCUGUUUUAACCCUAUCCCAAACAUUAAUCCUUAAUUUAACCCUGUCGGGGGUUAAUGCCUAAACUUAACCCUAGAGUUGGUUCUGUUUUAACCCUAUCCCAAACAUUAAUCCUUAAUUUAACCCUGUCGGGGGUUAAUGCCUAAACUUAUCCCUAGAGUUGUUUAUAUGUGCCUUAAUUUACCACGUUUGUCACAGAACAUCAGGAGAUGAAGUCAGUUUACUCAUCAAAAAUUGACGUUAGUCAAAGGACAUCGGUACAUGAAGUCAGACUGUGAUAUCUUGUUGUUAUAUUAGAAUAUUUAAUAUGCAUAAACAUUCAAGGAACAUUUAACUUUAUAGUGUACAAACUUUAUAUGAUGAACAGGAAUGACAUUUACUCUAACAGGUGACCAAAAAUAAAUAUCUGCAAGCCACUCCUCCAAUAAGCCACGUCUCCAUUUUCUGAUAGGCUGCUGCUACACAAUAUAUUAUUAAAAAGGUUAAAAAUGGAAUACGUUCCAUCACGAAAAGGUUCCUGUUUGAACCUUUACACAGGCAGCCCAGUAUCAGCGUAUAAGCGUCAAUCUGUGAAAAGAUAUGGAUCAUGUCACAGGGGUUCCGCGAAUAACCUUUUCAGAGGGGUUCCUCAAGGAACCUUUGUGACCUGGAAAGGUUCCCCGUGUGGCAAUUUUUAGAACCCCCAAAAGGAUCCUCCAGACUUCGGAAACACUUUUAUUAUAACUAUUUUUUUCUCUCUCCCACCCUGCCUCUUACAGCAACGUGAGGACCUGACCAAGCGAAGGGAGAAGGUGUCUCGUAAGAGGGAGAAGAUCACCACAGAGGGGACCGACACGGACCGAAGCAUCCAGUCUUUCAACGAGGAGAUGGACGCCCUGGCGGCCAACAUCGACUACAUCAACGACAGCAUCGCUGAAUGUCAGGCUAACAUUAUGCAGAUGGAGGAAGCUAAGGUUAGCUGACGCAAACACACACAGUUUCUUCAGGAAAUUUACCCUUUCUAGUUAUUAGUACAGGUGAUGCCAGCCCACACAUUGUCUUCAUAAUUGUUAUUAUGACUGACUGUGUGAUGUUGUUGUGAUGCAGGAGGAGGGAGACACAGUGGACGUUACCGCGGUGAUCAGCUCCUGUAACCUAUCAGAAGCCCGCUUCCUGCUUGAUCACUUCCUGCACAUGGCCAUCAACAAGGUUACCACAGAACACCUGUCCCUAUUGAGUUCUCUUUACCUUUCGAUUAUUUUAUUUUUUUAAACACUAUGUUUAUUUUAGAGUUAAACAUACAUAUCUGCUGUUCUGUGGGCUGAAUAUCACACCACUCUGUUGAUGUCAGUGUGGGAUUUAUGUGUGUGUUUGUUAUGUAUGUAAUGUAUGAAUUUACUGAUAUGUGCGUCGCCCAGGGUCUGCAGGCGGCCCAGAAGGAGUCCCAGGUGAAGGUGAUGGAGGGCAGGUUGAAGCAGACAGAGAUCAACAGCGCCACUCAGAACCAGCUGCUGUUCCACAUGCUGAAGGAGAAGGCUGAACUCAACCCUGAGCUGGACGCUCUGCUGGGCAACGCACUGCAAGGUAUAGAUAGCUCAGUGGUAUAAACACGCUGCUUUUCAGUUCUUCAUCUUUUGGUUACACUUUAUUUUACAGUCCACUGUUUUAUCUGACAUUCACAAUGGUAGCUCAGUUGGUAGAGCAUUGCGCUUGCAACGCCAGGGUUGUGGGUUUGUUUCCCACGGGGGGCCAGUAUGAAAAUGUAUGCACUCACCAACUGUAAGUCACUCUGGAUAAGAGCGUCUGCUAAAUGACUAAAAUGUAAAAUGUAAAUGGUAAUGAUUGACCUAAUAAUAACAAUUUAUAGAAAACAUAUCUCCCAUAUUGUUUUUCUUUCGGAUUCAGUAAAACUUGUACCAUCACGUAUUCUCUUACUAAAUAGCCUACCAGUAAAAUACUGACUGAAACAGGACUGUAAAAUAAAGUGUCUCUAUUCUUUUAACUUUUGUUUGACUUUGAUUUCUUUGUUUUGUUUUCCUGUUUGUUCACCCUGAAUUCAAACAGAGAUAGGUUACCUAGUGGUGGGUAAGUAACAGAUACCAGACUGAUUGGUCCCAGAGAGCAUGGGUCUCCCCUAAAGCCCCUCCUCCCUCUAAAACUUCCCUUUAAGACUAACCUGAGAAGGUAACUUUGCCAUGAGGUGCAUGAGGUGGUGUGUUGCCCCCUGUCCCCUGACCCUGACUUCCCUGUCUGACCCUCCCCGUCCUCUUUGUGGAUGUCUAGCUUUCUCCUGUUCAGCAGACUCAUUCAGGACGACCUGAAUACUAAGAAUUAACACUAGCUUAAACCCUGACCCCCACGCAAACCUGAAGUUCAGGCCUUAACUAGAGUAGUACUCCAACUCCAACCUUUACUAAGUUACCCUCCUUAAAAUGUAAACGUCAGAUGCAUCAUACUAAUAUAUAGUAUACUAUACUAUUGACCUCCUUCUGACCUUGUCUGACCCCUGAUGGAUUUAACCUGACCUCUGAACUUUGAACCAUGUACCUUAGAGCUCUUUUGAAUUCAAACGAUUGUUUUGCUGCUGCAGCAUUAGUUUGAAAACACUGUAUGCAUUUGUUUUCUUUGUGAUAUCCUGUUAAUUGACUUUGAAAACGGUCUACCUCUAACAGUUUAAGAUAGUAAAGUAACACAAGUUUAGUGCUUGUAAUGGGAUAUUUGAAAACAUGCUGUGAAGCCAUAACUACCCCAUGUCAGACCAUGCAGUAACUGAGGCAUGUUGUGUAUCUGAGGGCCCAGUGUAACAAGGUGUAUGGUUCUGUCCUCAAGCAGAGAAUGGAGAUGACAGCAGUAGUGAUGAGUCCUCUACCCCCAGCCCAGCCACAGAGGGAAGGUAAAUACCAUUUGACUCAGACAUGACAAUGAGGAUAUUGAAUAUUUAAUUUAAUCACUUAAAGCUGGAAUCUUACUGGUGAAACUGCCACAUCCGUUUGCAAUAUUACAAAAACAAAGAAGUUACUGCAAACAACUAACACUGUUUUUUCCCCCUUGGACAUCAUUGUACGUGCGAUAGAACAGAAGAAUAUGUACUGCAAUUUUUUUACCACGUUGGGCCGCGCUCCUCACCUCUAGUUUGUCAACUAAACAAAAACAAUAACAAUGGCCGACAGUGCCGCUGUUUCUCCUACUUCGGAUUUCAUCUUUAAUGUCUGUUUAUACCUUAUUAUUAGACUAUGAGUAACAUGUAAAUUGCCCCUCUAUCUUUGUUUCAGUUCAUUGGCCUCUGACCUCCUGAAGCUGUGUGGAGAGGCCAAACCUAGGAAGGUACAGUCAUCUACAGUACUUCACAUGCAAAGCAUUUUUCUAAAAACCAUUUAAAUUACAUUUUCAUGAACUCUAAAGUUAAGAAGUUACUGAUAAGCACUAUGAGAUAAAUGCUAUUUGUAAAACACUCUUUAUGAAUGGAUAUGUUAUUAAUUGAUUGAUUGAUUGAUUGAUUGAUUGAUUGAUUGAUUGAUUGAUUUGAUCGAUCCCACUACCACAGGCACGCAGAAGAACAACCACCCAGAUGGAGCUGCUGUAUGCUGGUAGUGGUGAAUUUGACUCUCCUAUGGGGGACUUCUCUGCCCCCCUGCUACCUCUGGCAGAGGCCCAGGAAGGGACAGGGGACAUGGGGACAAUAGCAGGACAUCUCGGGGACAGGGAACUCACUGUGUCCCCCUCAGCACUGUCCACCAGGAUAGCUGGACUGUAAGUCCUUAUUUUGGUCAAAUGUCUUUGUGUUUCGUUUUUAGAACUAUAGUACAGGAAAUACAGUGAGAUACUUGUGGAGUAAAUCCUUACCUCCUGUAUGUGCAUUUGAUGGGUCAUCAUAACAGUGUUAUUGUUGAAAAAAAUAGUUCAUCAGCACGAGAAGGAUAGAAUGUUUAACUUGACCCAGAAUGCAUUGUAACCUUCAGUGAUGUACAGUCGUGGUCAAAAGUUUUGAGAAUGACACAUAUUGGUCUUCACAAAGUUCGCUGCUUCAGUGUAAUGAGAUAUUUUUGUCAGAUGUUACUAUGGUAUACUGAAGUAUAAUUACAAGCAUUCAUAAGUGUCAAAGGCUUUUAUUGACAAUUACAUUAAGUUUAUGCAAAGUGUCAAUAUUUGCAGUGUUGACCCUUCUUUUUCAAGACCUCUGCAAUCCGCCCUGGCAUGCUGUCAAUUAACUUCUGGGCCACAUCCUGACUGAUGGCAGCCCAUUCUUGCAUAAUCAAUGCUUGGAGUUUGUCAGAAUUUGUGGGGUUUUGUUUGUCCACACGCCUCUUGAGGAUCGACCACAAGUUCUCAAUGGGAUUAAGGUCUGGGGAGUUUCCUGGCCAUGGACCCAAAAUGUCAAUGUUUUGUUCCCUGAGCCACUUAGUUAUCACUUUUGCCUUAUGGCAAGGUGCUCCAUCAUGCUGGAAAAGGCAUUGGUCAUCACCAAACUGUUCUUGGAUGGUUGGGAGAAGUUGCUCUCGGAGGAUGUGUUGGUACCAUUCUUUAUUCAUGGCUGUGUUCUUAGGCACAAUUGUGAGUGAGCCCACUCCCUUGGCUGAGAAGCAACCCCACACAUGAAUGGUCUCAGGAUGCUUUACUGUUGGCAUGACACAGGACUGAUGGUAGCGCUCACCUUGUCUUCUCCGGACAAGGUGUUUUCCGGAUACACCAAACAAUCGGAAAGGGGAUUCAUCAGAGAAAAUGACUUUACCCCAGUCCUCAGCAGUCCAAUCCCUGUACCUUUUGCAGAAUAUCAAUCUGUCCCUGAUGUUUUUCCUGGAGAGAAGUGGCUUCUUUGCUGCCCUUCUUGACACCAGGCCAUCCUCCAAAAGUAUUUGCCUGACUGUGUGUGCAGAUGCACUCGCACCUGCCUGCUGCCGUUCCUGAGCAAGCUCUGCACUGGUGGUGCCCCGAUCCCGCAGCUGAAUCAACUUUAGGAGACGGUCCUGGCGCUUGCUGGACUUUCUUGGGUGCCCUGACGCCUUCUUCACAACAAUUGAACCUCUCUCCUUGAAGUUCUUGAUGAUCCGAUAAAUGGUUGAUUUAGGUGCAAUCUUACUAGCAGCAAUAUCCUUGCCUGUGAAGCCCUUUUUGUGCAAAGCAAUGAUGACAGCACAUGUUUCCUUGCAGGUAACCAUGGUUAACAGAGGAAGAACAAUGAUUUCAAGCACCACCCUCCUUUUAAAGCUUCCAGUCUGUUAUUCUAACUCAAUCAGCAUGACAGAGUGAUCUCCAGCCUUGUCCUCGUCAACACUCUCACCUGUGUUAACGAGAGAAUCACUGACAUGAUGGCAGCUGGUCCUUUUGUGGCAGGGCUGAAAUGCAGUGGAAAUGUGUUUUGGGGAUUAAGUUCAUUUUCAUGGCAAAGAGGGACUUUGCAAUUAAUUGCAAUUCAUCUGAUCACUCUUCAUGACAUUCUGGAGUAUAUGCAAAUUGCCAUCAUCAGCGUAUCACUUAGACUGUUCAUGUCACUCAGUUGGUGUGUCUGUCUCUAUGUUGCGUAGUUCUGGAGCCUGGUGUUCUAUGGGAUCUGAGAGGAGAUCACUGGAGCGCUCGCCUCUAACACGCAGGAGGAUGCUAGAGAAGGGAGGACAACCCCCCUUAGACAUCAAGGAACACACACCUAUGGACCCCAAGGGUCACCCAGCAAGAGAGACAAAGUCACACAUACCCACGCCCACAGCCAUAGAAAAGACCAAAAUCACAGACAACAAACCAACGUAAGAGCCAUUGCAUGAAGCCGUUAACACACCACUACACAAAUGUCAUGUUCGUACGACGUCCCGAUGGUCAUAGUAGUACUUACUUCUUGUGUUUCAGGUUGGAAGAGUCGCUUAUAUAUCAAGGACAAAGGUAUGUAACACUACUGUAUGUCUACCUACAGUAUAUAUUAUACUACUGUAUACAUCUAAUGUCCUUUUUCACUCUGGCCCCCCUUCCAGCAUUGGGGAACAUCCCGCAACCCCACCUGCGCGCGUGCACACGCCACAUCUAUUUCUAUGGGCACAAGCACUGUUCAUGACAUUACUUUUGUCCUUGUUAUAGAGGGGUGAUCAACCCUGUGUCAUCCCCUAAGAGCAGCCAUGCUGCCAGACUACAGUGUGUCUAUGUGGCUGAGGGACACACCAAACCUGUCAUGUGUGUCGACUGCACUGAUGACCUGCUCUUCACUGGCUCUAAAGGUACAGCUCUCUAGUUCUAUAAUGUUCGGAAACAAAAUCAAACCUUGACCACUAAACCACGACCCCUAGAAACUUCUCACACCUGAAAGGCUCAGAUGAGUGUAAGUCAUAUUAUUUGGUAUUAGCUUCAUCUAGCUUUCUGGUAUGGUUGAUGGUGUUUCUGCCGUAUUGCACACUCAUCGUAACCCCUAACCAUUGACCUCUAACCUGUGUGUGUGUGUGUGUGUGUGUGUGUGUGUGUGUGUGUGUGUGUGUGUUGUCAGAUCGUACGUGUAAGGUGUGGAACCUGGUGACUGGUCAGGAGAUCAUGUCUCUGGGAGAUCAUCCCAGCAGUGUGGUGUCUGUUAGAUACUGUUCCAGCCUGGUCUUCACUGUCUCUACCGCUUACAUCAAGGUCUGGGACAUCCGAGACUCCGCCAAGUGCAUACGCACACUCACGUGAGUAAAUAUAUACUAUAAGUAUUCAGACCCCUUGACUUUUUCCAAAUUUUGUUACCCUACAGCCUUAUUCUAAAAUUGAUUAAAUAAAACAAAUUCCUCAUCAAUCUACACACAAUACCCAGUAAUGACAAAGUGAAAACAGGUUUUUAGAAAUCUUAGCAAAUGUAAUAAAAAUAAAAAACUGAAAUACCUUAUUUACAUAAGUAUUCAGACCCUUUGCUAUGAGACUCAUAAUUGAGCUCAGGUGCCUCCUGUUUCCAUUGAUCAACCUUGAGAUGUUUCUACAACUUGAUUGGAGUCAACCUGUGGUAAAUUCAAUUGAUUGGACAUGAUUUGGAAAGGCACACACCUGUCUAUAUAAGGUCCCACAGUUAACAGUGCAUGUUAGAGCAAAAACCAAGCCAUGAGGUUGAAGGAAUUGUCCGUAGAGCUCAGAGACAGGAUUGUGUCGAGGCACAGAUCUGGGGAAGGGUACCAAAAAAUGUCUGCAGCAUUGAAGGUCCCCAAGAACACAGUGGCCUCCAUCAUUCUUAAAUGGAAGAAGUUUGGAACCACCAAGACUCUUCCUAGAGCUGGCCACCCGGCCAAACUGAGCAAUCAGGGGAGAAGGGCCUUGGUCAGGGAGGUGACCAAGAACCCAAUGGUCACUCUGACAGAGCUCUAGAGUUCCUCUGUGGAGAUGGGAGAACCUUCCAGAAAGACAAGCAUCUCUGCAGCACUCCACCAAUCAGGCCUUUAUGGUAGAGUGGCCAGACUGAAGCCACUCCUCAGUAAAAGGCACAUGACAGCCCGCUUGGUGUUUGCCAAAAGGCACCUAAAGGACUCUCAGACCAUGAGAAACAAGAUUCUCUGGUCUGAUGAAACCAAGAUUGAACUCUUCGGCCUGAAUGCCAAGCGUCACUUCUGGAGGAAACCUGGCACCAUCCCUAUGGUGAAGCAUGGUGGUGGCAGCAUCAUGCUUUGGGGAUGUUUUUCAGCGGUAGGAACUGGGAGACUAGUCAGGAUCGAGGCAAAGAUGAACGGAGCAAAGUACAGAGAGAUCCUUGAUGAAAACCUGCUCCAGAGCGCUCACGACCUCAGACUGGGGCGAAGGUUCACCUUCCAACAGGACAACGACCCUAAGCACACAGCCAAGACAACGCAGGAGUGGCUUUGGGACAAGUCUCUGAAUGUCCUUGAGUGGCCCAGCCAUAGCCCGGACUUGAACCCGAUUGAACACCCCUGGAGAGACCUGAAAAUAGCUGUGCAGCGACACUCCCCAUCCAACCUGACAGCUUGAGACGAUCUGCAGAGAAGAAUGGGAGAAACUCCCUAAAUACAGGUGUGCCAAGCUUGUCAUACGCAAGAAGACUCGAUGCUGUAAUCGCUGCCAAAGGUGCUUCAACAAAGUACUGAGUAAAUACUUAGGUAAAUGUACAUUUUAGAAUAAGGGUGAAAAUUAACAAAAUGUGGGAAAAGUCAAGGGGUCUGAAUACUUUCGAAGGGACUGUAUAUACAAACACCAACAAUAUUUAUAUACACCUCUAGUAAUAAACCGAAGACCUUUGUUAUGUCAAAAGUUGGAGUUGAGCUUGCCAGUUCCUUUUUCAACACAUUCUAGCACAUUCCAACACAGCCCAGGGAACUUCAGAUUCUUAAUUUGCUACUUAAAAAAAGUACUUUUACACAAUGUCAUUCCCAUUGACAUGGUAUUGACUGCGUGUGUAUGUGUGUGUGUGUGUGUCGCAGGUCGUCGGGCCAGGUUAGUACAGGGGACAGCUGUGUGUCUCUCAGGUCCUUGUCCAUCCCUCCAGGAGAGAACCAGAUCAACCAGAUUUCUCUGAACAUCACGGGAUCCUACCUUUACUCCGCCUCUGGCAACUCAGUCCGCAUGUGGGACCUCAGGAAGUAAGAAUGAAGGCCAAAAAAGCCUUGUUUUUUCCACCAAGAGCAGUUGAAUAUCUUGUUUAGUUAAAGUAAGGACUGGAGGUGGCACAAAAUAAAGAUAAAAGGAGAAAAAUUGCGUACACCAAAACAGGCACAGGUGCUGAGUGUAGAGUGUAGAAAAGAUAGAUAGUGAAUGCUCAUCAUUACUCCCAAGUAUGAUUUUUAGUUGUACCGAAGAGUCCUAGAUCUGAACUCUCCCUGACCCUUGAACUUUGACCUUAUGCUCUAGGUUUGUGUCUACUGGCAAGCUGACGGGUCACCUGGGUCCGGUCUUGUGUCUGACCGUCGACCAGAUGGGCAACGGUCAAGACGUGGUCCUAACGGGGUCCAAGGACCACACCCUGAAGAUGUUUGAGGUGACGGAGGGUGUCCAGGGCAGCAUUGUGUCCUGUCACAACUUUGAGCCGCCACACCAGGAGGGUAUAGUCUCUCUGGCUGUUCAGGGGGACAGCCUCUACAGCAGCUCCAGAGACUACUGCAUCAAGAAGUGGGACCUGUCCCGCAAACGACUAGUACAGGUAAGACAUACUGGACACUAGCUGUAUAUACUGUACUGCUAGUACCUGAAAGAGAGACAAGGCUCUCAAAAACAUACAAUGAGCUGAUAGCUGUGAUUUUCACAUUGCAUGUUGCUUUGUAAGCAUCAGAUCUUGUUUUGUUGAAUUGCUUUUGCUAGCUGCAACAUUAUCAUCAUUGUAAGACCAGUAGUGGUAGUAAACAAAAUGUAUUGUCCCCAAGGAGUUACUUUUCAACUGUUUGUAGUCCUGUUUUGACCUAGUGCAUACCUGCUUCCUCCACAGCAGGUGGCGAGUGCCCACUCUGACUGGGUAAGUGCGCUGGGUGUGGUGCCAGGGUACCCGGUAGUGCUGAGUGCAGACAGGGGAGGUCUGCUGAAGCUGUGGCACGCUGAUACCCUGGCACAGCUAGGAGACCUGAGGGGACACGACAGCCCUGUUAACGGACUGGCUACCAACAGCAGCCAGCUAUUCACUGCUUCAGAGUGAGUUUAACGCCUAACCCUAACAUGACCCUUGAAUGCCAUAGGAGUCUACAGCUAUGUCUCACAGAGAAAAUAUCUCCUAACUUUGACCAUGAUCCCGAUCAUACCCUGACCCUAACCCUCUGAGUAUAUCAACACACUGUUACUAUAAUAACAAAGUCAUAGUUUAACCUAAGAAAGAGAGAUAAUCAAAUCUCUGAUACACAUGUUGAUCCAGCGAUUUCAUGUUCUUUCUUGUGUGAUCUUGUGUGACAGUGACCGGACAGUGAAGAUUUGGCAAGCAAAGGGUUCUUUGGAGGAAGGGAUCCACUGACACUGAGAAGGAGACCUCUGGACGGUGACUGGACACAGCUCUGUGGAUCUACUAGAUCACUCUGGAUCUACUACAGCCCUAUGGAUCUAUUGCUGCUCUGUGUAUCUACUACGCAAUGUAUUUGCUGCUGCUCUGCACAAUGAUCCAUGGAUGGAGGCCCUCCAAGACUGUCACAGGGCAGAUGACCAGCCCAGACACACCCAUUGAGUUCACCAACGUAAGACAUUCACUCAACAGGGCUGGAGGAGAGUAGCACAACAGUCAUGGUAUUCACCUGAAGAAAAGUGAAACUCCAGUGAAAUGCCCAUGGUUCUGUCUCAUGCUGUAUCCUUUCUAUACAUAUCAUAGAGGAAUCUUCCGGUACAGUGCGUGGAAUCAUCUCUCUGUGUCGGGAGGUGGGAUGUCUUCUAAAUAAAGGCCCUAUGGAGGUUGGUCUUACAGCAGCUGUUACUGCCAAACCCUAUGGGAGACUCAUAGAGCCUCAGUGGGGAAUAGAGAUGUCUCAGUAGGAAUAGCACAGUGAACUAGUGGUGUGGGAUGGUGUAGCUGAUCUUUGCUUCAGAAACAAAGCUCAAUGAGGGUGUGUCGUCAUCAUGCUACAAAUGUGAUCGUGGAGGUUAAUCUCAACCGAAUUCAAGUAUUGCGUUUAAUGUCGUUACCUGCAGAUUGUGUGUGACCAAAGUACAAACCUUCUCUGUGUUAGUCAACGGGCUGUUAUGAGAGUAUCUUUAGCCAAUGCAUUCCGUUGUACUUGCCUGUGUACAGUACAGUACCUCUGCAGUGGUCUUACUCUCUUUGUAUCAUACAAGUACAGUCAAACCUCAAACUACAAAAAGUGAUUUGAUCUUUAAUUUUCUGUCAACAUUUUUGUAUUUCUGUGUGUUUUCCUGGUGACUUUGAAACCUCCAAAGUUCUGCGCUUCCAUUUCAUGUUUUAUCCAAUGGCCUGCGUCAAUCAUUUCAGAGCCCAGGUAAAGUGAGGUCACCAGUGCACAGGCGUAUUUACUAUCUUAAAUCAACUCAAAGUUUAUUGGUCGCAUACACAGAUUUGCAGAUGUUAUCGCAGGUGCAGCAAAAUGCUUGUGUUUUGUAGCUCCAAUAGUGAAGUAAUACCUAGUAAAAAAAAAAUUCUGAGUGAGUUUUCCUGUGCCCAGGUAUGCCCUUCCCCCAAUCUGAUUCAGGAACAGGCUGAAUAGAAUAGAUAGUAGAUAGUACAGUAUCACAACCUAAUUUGUGUGGACUGGCCCAGUAUCCCUAAAUUGGGUUGACAUAGGGGUUAAAUGACCACAUCUUUAUGUAAAUAAGAAUCCGUUUUUUUUUUCUCCUGGACAUCUUGUGCACAAAUUCCGACUUUCUAGUGAUUCUAAUGUCAGAUGCAGUGUGGAAAUAAAUGUAAUCUGUCAAAAAUAACAUGAACUGGUAUAUCUUUCAACAUGGAGAUGUGUGUUGCCAUGAUACCACCAACUGGUGGCAGUAUAAUACAGUAUCAUAUUAGGAAACAUGACACGGUUUCAAAACAGAGAACUUUGGCACGGGAGAUUUGUUUUCCUUCCUCCUGUUCUUCGGUAGAUAUUCAGUCCGUGGCAGUUUUAAUCUGUUGCAGGAAAACGAUUCCAUCUAAUGUCCAUGAACCAAUCUCCUCGAAAUGUUCAUAAACACAUGCAAAACAACCUGCUUUGGUUGGGUCUUUUGCUAAUUUGUUUGCAGCAGAUAAAAACAUUGCAAGAAUUCCAUAAAGGCAGACCAUAGGCACAUAUCAUAGCUCCAAGGUAUAAACGGUGAGCAUGGUAAGAACUAUACAGCUCUCCUUACCUGUGAAUUCCCACUUCCUGCAUGGUCACCUGUGUGCCUACCUAUGCAUGUGACCAGCGACCCUUGACUCAACAUAUGUGGGGUCAUCAUGGAUCACUGGUCAUGUAGGCACACAUGUGACCAACAGUGUAUACAUUUAUUGAGGGGGAACCUUUAUGAUGACAUUCUUGUUUUUUCCAUUAGCUUCUUUCUGAAGAAGAGAAGUGAUGGGAAUGAAUCAGUAUUUAAUGUACAACAAUUAGAGCAUCAGAGUUUCAUGUGUACAAUAAGAACAGAACAAUCUCUUGCACCUUAAGCACUGCAUUACUUCUGAACCACGGACUAUUUCUAUUUUUAAUCACUGUUCCAAACAUCACAAGCUACUGUAUAUUUAAUACAAUGUGGUCCAGCCGUAUAGAGUUAAUUCAGUGUUCUUAAAAUAGCCAUGAUUCUUACUGCACUGUCAGCAUAUUCUGAUAGGGUUUCUUGGUCUGUUCUCGGUUUCUCAUAUUUCUAACAUACUUUAUCCCAAGAUAACACCAGGACCUAGACGGUACUCUUACAGUUUCAUAAUAAAUCAAUGUACAGACCGACCUCAAUAACGGCUAUGUGGGAUAAGAGUUCCUGUCUGGGGUUAUUUUUAUCUCAACCUAUAUGGGUUUGACAGGGGGCUUCUGUGCUUUUCUGAACCUGGUUUAGUAUCCUUUAUACCUGAGAGAAAAGAGCUGAAGUGUAUGGUAAAUAGGGACCCUAUUCCCUGUAUAGUGCACUACUUUUGACCAGGGUCCAUACUCUGGUCAAAAGUAGUGCACUAUACAGUAUAGGGAAUGAGAUGCCAUUUGGAAUACAGCCAUUGUAGCCAGAGACUGAUAGUAUUUUUCGGCUUUUGAAUUUGUCAUAGGGAUUAUGUGACUGGCUACAUUCAUCCAAUCUCUCCUGGGGUGUGUGUGUGUGUGUGUGUGUGUGUGUGUGUGUGUGUGUGUGUGUGUGUGUGUGUGUGUGUGUGUGUGUGUGUGUGUGUGUGUGUGUGUGUGUGUGUGUGUGUGUGUGUGUGUGUGUGAUCAUAUUGACCCUGUGAAUCAUUGCUUGAAUCAUCCCUCCCUUCAGUGAUAUUUCUACAAUACUCUUUAUUUCCCUGUUGAGUCACAGUUUGUAUAAUUUGGCUUUGGAAUAAAGGGUUGACCAAGAAAGGGAAGGAGAGGGAGUAAGAUAGCUUGAUUAGACUGAGAAACAGUGUGGGGGUCAAUACCAAACACAACAAUGCUUACCUCACAUACAGGGAAUACUGUGCCAUUUCGGACACACCCAGAGUGAAUUUCCUGGCAUCUGCUGGGGGAGGAUGGAGAGGAUGGGAGGAUGGAGCGAGGGAUGAGAGGAAUAGGGGAAGAAAUGUCAGGGAAGAGAGGAGAUAUCCUGCCCCUCAGUACACAGAUCAUGGGUUAUGAUGAGGUGUAUUGUAUUAAUUACAUACGGGCAUUUCCAUCUAAAAGGACCCAUGAGCACCAACAUGUGAAGUUCAUAGGAGCAUAUCAAAUUGGGUGUCAAAUGAAAGAGUCUAUGUUUUUGGGAAAUUAAGGCAUAGAUACAUUUUUCAAUCAUUUUCCAUCUUAAAAAUGUGGCAUAAUUAAAGGAUUUGAUUUCUGGAUAAACAGAUGGAAAAGGGGUCUUAGAAAACAUUUACCAGAAAAAGUCUUAAAAGGUAUCAGAAAUACAUAAAAACACAAUAAUGUUGACGUAAAGACCCCUGCCAACUAAUAUCAACACUUAUAUUUAGUUUUGGAGAAAUCGUUCACCUUCUGUAAGUUUAAGAAAUAUUGCUUUGUGCCUUGUAAUUCCAUUACCAAAAACCCACAUACAUGUCUUUAAGAUAUUUUCUAAUUUCUCUCCCUCGUGAGGAGGGAGGAUAAUGAAAGUUCACAGAAGUAACAGGCAAUGGUAGACUUACCAAUUCAUUGAAGUGAUUUUACUGAUAUAUUUUUUUUUAUGAAUGAUUAAGAUAUUAAAACUCGUAAUUCGGUUAUCAAAUUGGUAACGGAAUUACCCAAAAAUCACUAACAAAAUUACUGCAACUGAAUUGGCUACAAUGGGAAAUCAUAAUAGUCAAAAACCACAGUUGGGUCCCCUGCUACUGUCCUCCCUUCCACUGGCAUACUGUUAUGUUCAGCUCAUAACUGUUUUCUUUCUCUUUCUGUCACGUGAUCAAAGCAAGAGUGUUAAAACAGUCUGGACAACCCCUCCCUCACCUCUCUCCCUCUCUCUCUCUCUCUCUCUCUGCCUUUGUCUCUCACUCUCCAGUUAAUGUCACCUCUCCCAGCUCUUACUGACAGCUACCCAUGAGCCCUCUCACUUUCCAUUUACUUUAACCAGCAUCCUCACCCGCUGAGCACCGACCAACACCGGACGUCCAUGGACGUUAAAAAGUACUUGAAAUUUGAUCAGUCCACCCUGCCGUUAAUGUUAAUGUCCACAGACGGACAUGACUGGACCAAAUCUGAACCUAUCAUCAAU